AGUGAGACUUCCCACAGGGAUAGAUCGAUCGAAAAUCUGUGGGAAUGGGGUCUUAAUCUCUGUCAUGACCUUCUGUAAGAAACUGUAUGUCUUUACCUGAAACAUUCAAUAGUGCAGACGUUAAAAUGGGAGGAUGGAUUUUCAUUGACACUUGAUUACCUUAAUAUGAUCAGUACAAAAAAUUCACAAACUAAACUUAACUAAACUAAGAGUUUUAUACAUUUGAAUGGAUACUAUUCUAACAUAACAGCAAUUGAUACGCACUGUGUAAUUAUGCAGCUAAUGGGUUAAGUGUACAUAUAAAAUGUUUAAUUCAUAUGCAUUAUUCUCUAAGAAUUUUCAAUAUCACAUAUCAGCCCAUAUGUGUGUGCCCACGUGUGUGUAUGUGUUGGCCAUGGGCAUAUCAGGGUAUGGUUCUGAAACACCCUUAUCAGCUAGUGACCUUUAUCUAUUGCAUGUUGAAAGAAAUGACCGCAAGGUCAGAGACAUGCUACAAUUUACCCCAUAUGCCCUCUCUAGAGUGAUAUAUAAAGUUGAGUCAAUAUUUGUACCAGUAAGUCUGAGUCUUCAGACUCGCACUGUUCAAUCACAUGUUCCAGCCAAGCAGUCAACAUUUAAAAUGCUUGCAUUUUAUAUACUGUGGAUGCUUGUUUUGGCAAAUCAUUGUGAGGGUGCAAAGAUAUUUGUUUUCCCAUAUACCCACAUAUUCAAUUCAAGAACAUUCAAUAUGGAAAAGAUUGCCAUCUUGCUGCGAGACCAGGGCCAUGAGAUUACCAUGCUGGUUGCAGACCAUUACAAACCAAAGCUUGACCUACAUGAUGUGAAACUGAUCAGAUUUCACAUUGAUGAAACUGAAGUCAACAAAGGUGGUGUGUUUGAUCUCCAGACUGCUUUUGCCAUCAUUGAACAUGAUCCAGUUAUUGCUCUUAGACAAAUGGAUGACAGUGAUUACUUACUCAGUCAUUCAUUGUUUAGCGAUAAGGAAACUUUGAUGCAGUUAAAAAACUCCAACUUCUCGCUUUAUUUCUUUGAUCCCUUUAACUUUGGAGCCAGUACUCUUCUGAAUGAGUAUUUGAAAGUGCCAUCAGUUGGUUACUGGAAUCAUGGCAUCUGGAACCCUUGGUAUGUUUUUCGUCAACCAAUGUUUUAUUCAUUCAUUCCUAACAUUCCUACUGGACUCUCUGACCAUAUGAACUUUUGGGAAAGGUUACACAAUUAUGAGGUGGACCAAAGUAUUCAAGGCUGGCUGGAUGAUAAGAUGGACUAUAUAGAAGGCCUUAGAUUAAAGUAUCUUCCAGAGGAAAAUAUUCCCCACAUGAAGCAUGCAUUUGAGAGGGUUUCUCUUAUGAUUGCUGCAAAUGCUCAUUUUGCCUUAGAUUACCCCAGACCAGUCAUGCCCCAUGUCAAACCUAUCUCUGGACUCCUGUGGACACCAGCAAAACCUCUGCCCAAGUUUUUCAAUGAUAUUGUUACAACUGCUACUCACGGGGUUAUUCUACUAAGCUUUGGAACUAUUGUGCCACAUUUGGAAGAGGAAAAAGCAGAGAUGUUUGCCAGAGUUUUUGCUAAGCUUCCCCAGAAGGUAAUUUGGCGCCAUGAUGGAAAAGCUCCAAAGUCACUAGGCAGUAAUACAUAUCUGGUAAAGUGGUUUCCACAGAAUGAUCUUCUUGCUCACCCAGCCACUAAACUGUUCAUCACCCACUGUGGAGUAAGCAGCAUGUGGGAGACCCUGUACCAUGCAGUGCCUGUGGUGGCCAUUCCUCUCUUUUGGGAUCAGCCCCAAAAUGCUAGAAAAUUAACAGAUCGUGUUAAAGUUGGGGUGUCCCUUGACUAUCUAACCCUUACUGAAACUAAGUUAGAAAAUGCCAUUAGGAAGGUCUUGAAUGAGAAAUCUUACAAAGAAAAUGCAGAGAAGAUUUCACUAAUUUUGCAAGACACUCCUAUGUCAGGACAGGAAGAACUCUUAUUUUGGUUCAACUACACCAUGCGUCACAAUGGAUCUCUUCACUUUCAUUCCCAAGCAGCUUAUAGUUUAAACUGGUAUCAGUACUUUCUGCUGGAUGUCAUUGCUUACAAAGUGGUGGUUAGUUGUUUGCUCAUUACUGCUUAUGUUCUUCCUACAGUAGUUUUGUGGAAAUUAAUGAGAAGCAUACUGAAAUAUUUUCAGCAGGUUAAUUAAAAAAUAAAUUCUUACUUUAACAAGGGAUUAUGUCUGUGUUUACAGAAUGGUGUUUAAUUUUAUUAUUAUUACUAAGAUAUUCUGACACAAAAAUUUAAG